AUGUGGGAGUUUCUGGGCGACGCCUCAGCGGACAAGCGGCGUGCCUUGGAAGAGGCGCCUCUGCAGGAUCUGGUAAAGCAGCAGCUGGAUUUGGUGCGGCAGCUACGAUCGGACGGACUCGAUGAGUGGCGAGGUGUGCAGUUGGAGCUGGGCAGGUUCCUCACUGGGGGCUUGAAAUCCAUCGCGGACCUGCUCUCGGCACCGGUGGGGAGGCAGCUGAUAUAAGAUAAUAGCGAAUUGUUCAUUGACCCGUGAUGAACGAUGAUGUAUGCAGGGUGAUGACUAA